AUGGAGUGUGAUAUCUUUCAAGAAGCUCAAGCUUUCCAACAAUAUGUUAAAGAAUUUGAAAAUCAAAUCUCAAAAACUCUGAUUUUCAACAACGAAGAUUUAAAAAUUUUGAUAUAUUCGAACGCGGAUUAUCAAGGAUUGUACGAGAAGCUCAAAAAAAUGUUAAUUCCUUUAAAAGAUGAUUUGUCAAUAUAUAUUCCCAAGAAGAUUCUUAAUCAUGAUGACAGAGAAAUAGUUCAGACAUGCUCAAUGUCCUUGUUGAGUAAGCUUUUAUACAUUUCAAUUUAUGAUACGGAAGGAAUAUUAAAUUUUUGGUUAAUUGAUGUACAAAGAACUUAUUUAUUAACAUUAUAUGAACAUCAACGAUGGUGCUACACGAUCCUCAUAACAGUUUACACAUCGAUUCUGGAACAAGGAGUUCUCUGGAAUCCUGAAGUCAAUGAAAAGACAAAAACUUUAAUUUUUUCUUACGGACAAAACUCAAAUCUUUCUGAUGUACAAAAUGUUCCCAAAAUUAUUUUAACUUCUCAAUAUCACGUUGACAACCUGAUUAAAGUCUGUCUUUCGGUGCUCGAUUAUAUUGUUCCUCAAUACUGCAACAUGGAUGUUGACAAAGACAACCCCCAGAAUGAACCAGUCAACUUAUUCUCAAACAUGUUGAAAGUUGUAUUAGAUGACGUUGAUUACACUCUGGAAACUGUUGAUUGCAUUAUUAAUCUCUGUGAUAACAAUAACUCAUUAUUAAAUCAAAAAAUGGUUUCAAUUGUUGCUUUACCGUUCUAUCAAACAUUGAAAAAGAGUCCACACAUUAGAAAACUUCCAUGGCUUCACAAUGAAAUGAAAAAGUUGCCGAAGAAACUUGUAGAAUUUUUUGAAAGUCAAUUUGAAAGAAAGCAAGAAAUUAUUCUUAAAAUGAAGGCAACAAGCAUAAUAAAUCUCUCUCAAUUUUCAUUGCAACCAAAUUGUUGGGUGCUUGUUAAAAGUAUCAUGGAAAGUGUGAUUAGUCAGAAUGACAUCGAACAAAAGUCUGCACUUUACAGCAACUUUACGAGUUUUGCUGUCAAUAACAGUGGGAAGCUUCAAGAAGUUUUAACGCUUUAUCAGAACUUUUUGAUGGAAUUGAAGGAUGUUCAAUUGACAAUUCAACCACUUCGCGACAUGCUUUGCUUAUCUGGUGGACAUUUAAGUAUAUUUAAGAUGCACAAAGAGUAUCACAUUUAUGAUUAUAAGAUUGUUUGUGAUGAUUGCAUUCUUGUGUCAACAAUUUAUCCAAAGUCAAUGAAAUCUUUAGACAUUCAUCGUCACAUGGCAUUCAUAAAGGACUUAAAUGCUAUUCUCAUCUCAUCCGAUCCAUUCAAAAAUGCACAACAAAAUCUACAAAUUUCUGCAUCAAACUUAAUUUCACAAUCAAAUGAAUUCAAAAUGAAAUUAUUUUCUCACAUUCCAUCGAUGAUAACUCAUUCGAAAGAUUUCAUAACUUGGAUUCAGCAAGACAAAGGAAAAUCAUUUUUUGAAGGGAUUUAUCUUCCAAAUGACAAAUUUGUUGAAGAACUUGAGAAAAAUCUUAAAGACAUUUUGUGUAACAUUCAAAAACUUCCAUUCAGCGAGAAAUUAAAGUUGGAAAUCUUUGAAAAUUUCUUCUUCACAAACAUCGGUGAACUGACACAACUGACAGUUUCUGGCAAUAAGAACGACAAACUUCAAUCAUUAACAAUCAAAAUGAACUUCACGUACUCAACAAUUGUUGUCGAUGAGCUGACAAUGGUGAAAUGUUUUAAAAUUUUCCUCCUUUACAUAUUGAGAUAUGAUUCACAAGUCAAGGCUGAAGCAUCGUUGCUGGCAUUAGAAAUGGCUAAAAGAAAUAAAAUUACUUUGCAACAAUUAUUUCAAUGGCAUAAAACUUUCAUCAUGCGUUACGUUACUUACAUAAUUAUUGCAAAUUAUUUAGCUGAAAAUAUUUCCUUGUCAACUUCAAUCAUCAACCUAUUGAGAUAUUUGAAUAUCUCGAAAUUACGCGAUUUCCUUCCAAAGACCAUCGGUACAAUUAUUGCCUAUUUACUUCCGAGAGCUGUUCAGAGUCCAGUAAUCAUGAAAAGCUUAACUGAUUUGUGUGGGAUGCUUGGACCUUUGGAUAAAGAACAAAAUCUUUCCGAUGCAAUCGAUAAAAACUUGCUUGAAAUUUAUCAUCACAUUUACACAUCACAUCCGAAGAAUGUCACUGAAAAUUGUGUAAAGUUCAUCGAAGAUAGAAUCCAAAUGAAUAUUUACAAACGUUUUGCAAGUCACAAGAAGAAAACUGUUGAUGAAGUGUUGAUGUUCUACAAUAAAUCACCUGAAUUUGUUGCUGAAAUCUUCAAACAUUCAAUCAACGAUCGAAGUAGUUCAUUGUUUAGUGAUGAUGAUGAUGAAGAGAUGAUUGAAAGCAUCACAACGAGAUUCUUAGGCGUUUUAAUUUAUUUUGAGCCAUUUUUAACAUCAAAUGACUGCGAACGUGUAACAAAGAAAAAUAUUCUUUUGAGCUUAGGAGACAUCAUUCGAUUACUGGGCGACUCUCGAAUCUCGCCAUUUUGCUUCAAGAUUAUUACAGUUUUGAAAACUGCAGCUGAACAAAAAACGUUUGAUUUGAGUGAUGUUUGCAUAAAAGUGUGGGAAAUUUUGAUUCGAAACUGUGAUGUGACGUUUCUUGGACCGAUUUUGAGCACAGUUUUUGUAUCUUUGGAAGCCUUCAUUGAUAGAUAUCCUGAUGAAGUUCAUGAACUUUACAGUUAUCUCGUUGUUAGCAAUCGAAACCUUUUAAGUUGCCACAUCUCGAAUCUUUUCUUCAUCGAGAAGACUCGAGUUCAUUCAGAUAUCAAAGCGAUCAUCACUGAACAGUUGCACAGUCAAAAGCGUGACGAUCGUGAUUUUAAAUCAAAUGUUACCGAAUUCAUUCGUCACAUGAACAGUGAAAAUUCUGAUUUCAAAAUUCAAAUUUAUUGUCUGCAAUAUCUUAAGGAACUUUUUCAGAACAAUCGUGAUGACCUUAAUGACAUGAUUUGUCGAUUAACAAUGGAUCCAGUGAUUGAAGAAUUACUUCACAUUCUUGUUAAAAACUGUAAGAACACGACAAAUGAAAUGCUUCAACUUGCAACUGCUGAAUGCUUUGGUGAACUUGGUGCCAUCGAACCGACGUUGCAGCAACAAAAAUAUACAAAUCAGGAAGAAUUUCCUGAAGAAAUUCAUGACAUUGAAUUCGCUAAAUUGGCUUUGUAUCAACUUUGUCGAUCAUAUCAAUUGAAGAAUGACGCUAAACACAUCGAUGCACUUUCCUUAGCUAUUCAAGAACUGUUAAAAGAUCAAAAAGUUACCAAGGAAAAUCAUGAUGAAAUGGAAGUUUGGAAAAUUAUUCCGAAGAAAAUGAGAUCACAGAUUGAACCACUUUUAACAUCAAAAUAUGCACCGAAAACAAGUGAACCAAGUGAUAAAUUUCCAAUAUUUUGGACGCAAUUACAGACAGCCAUGGAUUGGAUUAUGCGAUGGUCUGGGGAACUGAUAAGUCGAAUUGUUGAACAUCCUUCAAAUACAAAAGAUUUACUGGAAUCUAUUAAACCGAGCAUGAAGCAUAAUCAACACAUCACUUCAUUGUUCUUUCCUUACAUUAUUCUUCAUCAUCUUGAAUUUGAUUCUUCGUUGAUUGAGUCACAAAAUCCACUUCGAACUGAAAUUGAUUUUAUUUUUGCUGUCAUUCUUAAGAGAGAAAUUUUUGAGCAGCAACAUGAAGCGAAGAAGCAAAAGAAGCCACUUUAUGUGAAAGAAUUUGAUUUUGUGCCAAUGAAGGUUUCAGAUCAGCUGCUGAAAAACAACAUGAAAAUUGAAGCUGUUAAAGCAGCUAAAAUAAUUUUCGAAGCGUUCGAUUUCUUGGAGAAUUAUCGACGAAGAGGCAUCAAGCCUGAACUUGUAAGACGAGUUAAUUUGUUUCUCGAUAGUUUUGAUCUUGAAGAGAUGGCUGAAGUCAAUUACGAAUGUGGCGAGUACGCUCGUGCAAUGAUUUAUUUAGAGAAUGCACUUAAGAAACAAUCAGGAGAAGAAUUUCAGGAUAAACUUUCGUUCCUUACUCAAAUUUAUGUGAAGCUUGAGAAUCCAGAUUCAGUUGAAGGGAUCCAAGCUUUAAAGACUACAGAACGGUCGCUUGAAGAGAAAAUUCUGAUUAGCAAUGUCACAGGAAAAUAUCAAGAUUUAGCUGCGAGUUUUGAACGAAUGAUGCAAAUAGGCGAAGCUAAGAUUGAACACAUUCAAAGUAUGAUUAACACUUACAUCUUAUUAGAUCAACCACAAACAGCUUUGGUGGUUUAUGAAGAGAUGAUCAAAAAGAUUUACAAUUCAUCGGAAAAAUUGGCAUGCGAUGAAAUAAAAGCUGAGCCAUUGUGGCGAUUAUCGCGGUUUGAUGAACUUGAGGAAUUAAUUUCCGACAAAACAAUUCAAAAAAGUUCAAAUUGGGGAUUAAGAUGUGGAAAUCUUUUGUUAAGAUUUCGAUCUGAAGAUGAUCAAAGUGACAUCAACAAUGUCAAUUUCUUUGAUGAAUUGAACACAGCACGUCUUGCUGUGAUGAAUAAUUUGAUGAUUUCAGGAAGCGAACAAACUUCUUACGGCAGUAAUUACACAGAAGUCGUUCAUCUUCAUUUGAUUAAUGAAUUUGAGAAAGCCGGAAAUGCUUUAAAUAUAAUUAAAAAGACAAAUUCCGUUGAUCGUGCAAUGUCGAUCUUAAAAAAUCUCUUUGACGAAUGGACGACAAGAAUGGAA